AUGCAGCGCACGUCUCGCCGGCAAACAGCUGCGUUUUCGUUCCCUCCGUUUUCCUCUCCAACGCCUCUCGAUGCUUCGUCUUGCUCGUCUCAGUCUCCCUUUUCGUCUCCGCCGGUCGUCUUCACGCAGGGGACGAGCGAUCGACGAGCUCCCACGGGCCUCCAUGCGCGGUCCGGCCAAGGCCCAGGAGCGCCGCUGUGGGGUCUCUCGCUUUCUUCUCCCUUCUCCAGACUGGCGCCGUCUCCUUCCUUUUCUCCGUCCUUCUCGGCUUGUGCUCCCGCAGCUUCGGUUUCCGUUUCUCUGCACGCGGCCACCCUGUUGCGUCCCCGGUCUCCCUCUCUGCAUGUGGGGGCGAGCCGCUUCGCUUCUUGUCUGGUUUCGCCAAGAGCCGCAGGCGACGCUCUCGGCGCCGCGCCGCCUUUCUCGUCUGCUUGCCUUCUUGGGCCUUCGCGCAGCCUCGCCUCCAGUCCCGCUUUCGCCCUUCGUCCGGCGGCUUGCCAAUGGGCCUCUGGCAAGAGAGACGACAGGGUGUCAUUGGACGCAGCGGAGGCGCCGUCCGAGUGCGUGCGCUCCUUUGCACGCUCCCCGCAGAAACGGGCAAACCUCCAGGAGGCUGUCACCUCUUUAGGAGAGACGAGGGCGGAGGAGGCCGAGCAAACGGAGAAGGCCAAGCAAACGGAGAAGGCCAAGCAGGAAGAAGGCACAGGCGAAGGCCUGCCACGGCGACUCCUAGUUCCCCGCCGCAAGCUCGACAAAGAGCCGCACUUAAGGCAGUACCGCCCUUCAGUUGUUGAUGGAGGCCAUGGCCUGGCGGAGACUCGCCCCUAUCGCGUCGUCGCCCUCUUCCGCCCGGACAUGCCUCUCCCGAACAUCAAGGAGGCUGUGCGCCCUUACGUGGACCAGCUUCAACAGUGGCGUUGCCGAAACCUGCGCGUCACCUAUCGAGGCUACCGCCGACUGGCGUACCGGGUGAAGAAGAAGGACAGUGCUCACGUGGUGGAGAUGACGUUCGAUCUCCUGCCUUCUGCGGUUCACUACUUGCAUGUGAAGCUGAAUCUGGACGACAACAUCAUCAGAUUUAUGAUUUUGAAGAAUCCGCCGCUUCCCCGAAGCAUCGUGAAGAGACGCCACACGAUUCCACCCGAGGAGUUCGAGGAGCUCGUCAGAUACAGCGGCCUCCCAGAGCCCCGAUCUUGA